CUCAAUUGCUAUUCCAGAGCCACGAUUGUCACGCUCGGGGUUUGAGGAAGCUCCGGAGUGUGCCAGCAGCCGCCCGCGUCCACUGCGAUGGCGCACUGCAAAGAGGUGGUGCCGACUAGUUCCUGUGUGUGUGCUCGUCUGUCUUUGCGCACAAAUUCAAUGGUCCGGCCCCAUGCAUGCCAUGCCAUGCCAUGCCAUGCCAUGCCAUGCCGGCCAUGAUGCUACUCUGCUUUGCUUUACCGCCGCCGCCCUCGCUGAUGGAUGGAUGGAUGGCGAUGUUUCUUAGCGAUGGCAACUGUGGUGCCCCUGUCCUGGCCGCCGCCGCUGCUGCUGUGCUGCUGCUGAGUUCCGGCGAGUCAGGAACAACCCCACACACACACCUCGACGCGUGUUUCUUGCCUCUCGCCUCUCUCGUCCGCACUGGGGGGGUGGGGGGAUCGAUGACGAUGACGGCCACCACCACGUCUGUAACCAAGUAUCUGGGGUGUGCUAUCUCUCCAUCUCUGUCCGCUCCGUCUGCUCCGUCUGCUCCGUCUGCUCCGUCUGCUCUGUCCGCUCUGGCCACUAGCAUCAUGCCUCACUCCUCCACUCUGUCCCCCGUCCGUGGCUCGGUCGGUCGGUUGGUUGGUCUUGGCUGGUCCUCCCCUUUCCCAGUGCCCACACGAAGAAGCCGUCCGUGGCUCAAUCUGGUAGAUAUCUCCAGACUAGGCGUUGUCUGUCCCGCCGUGCCCGACCCAGGCCCUUCCCUCCAAAUUAUUGCUCCUUGCCAAUGAAAUGGCAGCUUGAUAAGGUCCGAGCCACACCUCUUUCCGCGUGCUGUUCUCGCGUCUCGUGUGGAUCCGCUGCGCUGCAGAGCAGAG